CAGGGGGGGGCCUGGGGCAGGGGGAGUUGCCGGGGCAACAGGGACGGCGCGCCCACGCCCCGGGGACCUGCGGCUGUGCCCAGGUGUGCGCCAACCGGGCGCUGGCGCUCCCUCUCCGCAGGUCAGUCCGGCCGCUCGGCGAUCUUCCCCGAGACCCUCGAGCCCUGUCCCCGGGGCUGGGGGAGCGGCGGCAGCGAGGGCAGGUGUCCCCGUCCCGGAGCCCCGCCUCUCCCUCCCGCUGCGCUCGGUCAUCUCACGUCCUGUCAGCUCCGCGCGGCUGUGCGGGUCUGGCGACCCCGUCCCACCUCCCAGCGCCCCGCCGGGUCCCGGCCGCCGCGGGAAGGGCAGCGCCCCCUUUCCACCGUCCCGGGGCGGCCCUCGGCCCCAGCCCCCGGCCCGGGACCGCGGGAGGCGGCAGCCCGGUAUGCAAAUGCCGGGGGCGGGCGGGGCCUCCCUCCGCGGGCAUAUAAGCUCGGGGCGGGGCUCCGCGCACAGCCGCUGCCUCCCGGGAGCCGGCUGAGCGCUCCGGCCCCGCGCCCGUCCGCCCGCCUGCCCGCGCGGCUCGCCGGCUCCCGGUAAGGACGUGUGCGAUCGAUCGGGGAUCCCAGACGACAGGGGGAGAGGCGCGCCCGCCGCCCGCGUCCCUGUGGUCCGCGCGGGGCGUCCUGUUCAGAGCUUCCUCCGUGGGAACCGAGCCGGCGCCUCCGCUGCGCCCUCCCCGCGCCAGUUACUGGAUAAGAGAAGACUGGAAGAUGUCCGAGUUUUGGUUAAUUUCUGCCCCUGGCGAUAAGGAAAAUUUACAUGCGCUGGAGAGAUUGAACACGGUGACUUCCAAGUCCAACCUGUCGUACAAUACCAAGUUCGCCAUCCCUGACUUCAAGGUGGGGACCUUGGAUUCCCUCGUCGGCCUCUCGGAUGAGUUGGGGAAACUGGAUACCUUUGCCGAAAGCCUCAUAAAGAGAAUGGCCCAGAGCGUGGUGGAGGUCAUGGAGGACGCCAAGGGCAAGGUCCAGGAGAACCUCCUGGCCAACGGAGGUUUGAAGGAAAAGAUGAAAUGUUUAAAGAUUGACUUAACGUCCUUUGUGACCCACUUUGAAUGGGACAUGGCCAAGUACCCCGCGAAGCAGCCGCUGCCCAGCGUGGUGGACACCCUGGCGAAGCAACUGGCGCAGAUCGAGACGGACCUGAAGGGCCGCACGGCCGCCUACAGCACCCUCAAGGCCACGCUGGACAGCCUGAACCAGAAGGCCAAGGCAAACCUCUUCACGCGGACGCUGAGCGACAUCGUGAACAAAGACGACUUUGUGCUGGACUCCGAGUAUCUGGUCACCCUCCUGGUCAUCGUCCCCACACAAAACUACAUACAAUGGCAGAAGACCUACGAAUCCCUCUCGGACAUGGUGGUCCCUCGGUCAACCAAGCUGAUCUUUGAGGACAAGGAGGGCGGCCUCUUCACCGUGACCCUGUUUCGAAAAGUGAUUGACGAUUUCAAAGCCAGAGCCAAAGAGAACAAGUUCACGGUCCGAGAAUUUUACUAUGAUGAGAAAGAGAUCACACGGGAACGGGAAGAGAUGACCAGGUUGCUGUCGGCUAAGAAGCAACAAUAUCAAACUUCCUGUGUUGCUCUUAAAAAGGGAUCCUCCACCUUCCCGGACCACAAGGUUAAGGUAACCCCGCUAGGUAACCCCGAUAGGCCCGCUGCGGGGCACAGCGACAGAGAGAGAGAGAGUGAGGGCGAGAGCGAGGGCCCCCUGCUGCGCUGGCUCAAGGUGAACUUCAGCGAAGCCUUCAUCGCCUGGGUGCACAUCAAGGCGCUGAGAGUGUUCGUGGAGUCCGUGCUCAGGUACGGACUCCCGGUGAAUUUUCAGGCUGUGCUCCUCCAGCCUCAAAAGAAGUCGUCCGUCAAGCGUUUGCGAGAGGUUCUGAACUCCGUCUUCAAACACCUGGACGAAGUGGCAGCUGCCAGCAUGUUGGAUGCAGCUAUGGAUAUCCCUGGGUUGCAACUCAAUAACCAAGACUACUUUCCUUACGUCUACUUCCGCAUCGACCUCAGUCUUCUCGACUAGCACGCCGAGUGGGCGCCGCUCAGCUCCUGUCAUGCGGACGACAUGACGGACGCUCCUUUCGUCUCCUACAGGACUUAGAUUUCCAGAGAAAUGGCUCACAGAAGUUGCUCACUGUUGUAUUUAUUUUUUGUAAGUUACAAUAAAGAAGUGCUCAGUCCUUCCAAUGGGCUCUUCACUUACCUCCUAACAUAAUCCACACUUCCUUUUUCUGAAUGUCUUACAUGGAUGGGGACUGCUUGGCAAGGGGCCACCUGCUGCUGUCUGUCUUAAGGGACGCUUUGUGAGGACUCAGUAGCAACACUGAAAACGUGCGCUAACUGUACAACCUGCUGCAGCCCCCGCCGUUGCUGCUGGUGGCCCCACGCGCGCUGGGGCCUGAGCCGUUCCCACUGCGGGGCUGCCUGUCGUCCUGUGAACUCCUCUCCACUUCACAGCCCGGGGAGCCUGGCCUGCGGCCACGGGAAUGUGUGCUGUGGGGCACCCAGAUGGCGUCAUCCGUCACACCUUCUUAGAAAGGAAAGGCCUCAGGGCCAGACCGUCAUCACCAGAUCAAUUUACUGGCUAAGCAUCAGGCUCUGAAUUUAUGACGGGGACACUAAUUUCAUACAUUUGUUGGCAUUGUCCAAAAUAUUGUUUUAUUCUUUCAUGGAAAAGCCAUUAAUAUUCAAAUGAAAGAAUCACAUUAAAAAACUGACAUAAGAAACAGCCUCCAAGAACACCCCAGCAGCAGUCAGAGGGAGGGAAAGUGUUUCAACAGCCCAGAAGUUUUCUUCAAAAUAGUACUUGACAGAAGCCACCCCAUCCACUGGCUACAAUUCAUAGAAUUUUUCACUGUUUUCUUGAGAUGCAAAAGUUCAUUGUUGCAGUGUUUUCAAAUGACCAAUCAAGUGCUACUUCUUGGUUACAAGGCCACAGUAGAUGCGUCUGAUUGCAGAGAACGUUCCUCCACUGCUGGAAACAUCUGCUCCCAAGAAAAGAAGGCGCAAGUUGUGCUGAGCCUCACAACUCGUCUUUCUCCAAGUCGUCCAGCUCCACGUCGCUGAGGUCAAUGUCGUCUUCCACAGGGAGCUGCAAAACAGGGAACCACGUCAGGCCCGCAGUCAGGCGCAGGCACAGGCGGCCCUGGAGCUCGCAGUCUCCGCUCACGGAGGAGGAAUGAUCCCGAGGGGCUCCGGACCACAACACCAGCUCCUGCCCGACCCAGGUCUACUCUACAGCUGGGCGAGAAGCUGAGAACAUAGGGAACAUGGCUCUACUGGCACUCUUGAGCUUGGCCUAUCAGGAGGGCAGGCAGAAUGUGCCAGAAUAAAGGCUCAUUUCAAAGCUGUGACUUCCCAUUUCUGUAAGGCAGGUGCAUGAAUUCAAGGUUCAUGUUCACGCUGGGGUGCUGUCCGGAAAGCAAGCUCAUUAUGGCCUGAUCUUGAGGUCUGUGUUAAGCAAACCAAAUGCCAUGCAGCCAUAGUCACACGGGGGAUGGGAUGAGGCCCUGAGAGGAGGGACCUCCCUGAGGCUGUGAUGUUUCUGGCAUCAGGUGAAGGCUUAGGUCCUAACCCUAACCCUUUCCCAGGGGGGCCAAGGGCCGGCUCCCUCCCCUUCCUCCCCACCCCGAAAAUUCUGGUCGACCAGCAUUCCCCAAAACAGGAGGCCGCGGGAGACGGUUGCAUGGUGGCUGGUCGACCAGAUGUCCCGGCCCGGACUUGGUCUCCGGUGGGCGACUGUGAGAGAGCGGGUCGUUCCUUCGGAAAGGAUUCGGUUCACAAGCAGCAAAGAUGCGCAGGGACCGGGAAGGUAAAAAGAGGAUGGCAUCCCCGCCACGAGUCCUGCGCACAGCCUCCCGCCCCGUCCCGGGACUCACCUCGCCAUCCUUGCCGUCCCAAGGCUCUCUGGUGCUGAUGGUGGGGAAAGCCCCCCCUCCUACGGGUGCUGUGGAUCCUCGCCCAAAAGAGAGCUCCCUUGGGGGAAACAGCCAAACAAGCGCAGGCGUUAGAGGGACUGCGGGUGCACGGAGAGCCAGCUGUAGAGGAUGGUCUGCCACCUGCUCAUGCAGCCACCCCCCCGGGACACGCCAUGAACGGCACUGCCUGUUCAAGCAGGACCACCGCACACCAGGCCUGGAAUCCACCGGCGUCGGCGUCAGACAGAGCGGCUCAUUUAACAAACAGCACGUGUAUUUUACUAAAAUACAAAUUAUGUAAAACUACCAAGUUGAGAGUUAAGCCCCAGAAAGGCUGUGUGAAAGACGGCGAUUCCAUUCCUCUCCUCGGUCCCACAGCGAGCCCCGAUUCCACAGGCCCCGGUGACAGACCACGGACAGUGCGAGCACUUCCCUCGCCGCUCGGCUUCAGGGAGACGCGAGCCCUGCCUCUGGCAGGCGCUGGGAGAGAACAGGCCCGGGAAGACCGCAGGCUGGGAAACGGCUGCUGUACAGGAGCCUCGAAUGUGCUCGGGUGAAGGGCGCUGGAAUGUGGGCUUGGAAACCCCAAAGGAUAGAUACUACGUGUCCUGUGGGUGCUUGACAGCCGCUAUCUGCACGUGGGAAAGUGGGGAAACGUAACUGCUACUCUGCCUGUUUGACAGUAACACCAUUCUGAAAUAACUACACUCUAAGACCAACGCCCAGAAAUGGCAACCGGAUCAUCUGAGGUCAAGGGCCCCAAGCACGCUCGGGUGGGAAUGGGGGAGACAGGCUGCUUCCGCCGCCCAUGAGACCUUGACGAGAAUCAGGAAGAGCCCAGUAUCAACUGAACAGAAUGACAAGGUGAC